AUGCCAGCGAUUGUGCAUGGAUCUACGGUAAAGCAGGAGGAGGACCAGGAGGAAGACUCGAGGGUGACAGCGGCCACUCUGUUGUUUAAUGAGGACUGGACAGGGACUACGGUGCAGUUACUACCGGACCUGCAGACGGAGACAGAGACUGAAGAGGUCACUGAAGUGCUGAUGGAGGGAGAGGUGGAGGUGGUGACCCAAGCUAUAAUCCCCAGGAACUACACAGGUCUCUCAUGCAGCCCAGUACUUCCCCCGCGGAGAGGGUCUUUCUACGUGGAGGGGGGCACUGGUGUCUCCGUGGGCAGUGUCCUGGCCUUCUGGUGUCGGGAUGGCUUCCAGCUUGUGGGCAGUGACAAGAUCCAAUGUAAUGUGAAGAACGGCAAAGCACAGUGGAGCAACUACCUGCCAGUGUGUGAAGCGAUCCCCAGGCCUCAGGACAGGGGGCUCCGGGUGGCUGUCCUGGCCUCAGUGGUCAGCGGAGUGGUGAUCCUGGCCAUGUCUCUGUCCUUUCUCAUCUGCUGCUUCCAGGAAAGAGCGUCCAGACUGCGGGCCAAGAAGGAGGGACGCCUUAGGCGCAGAGAGAAGCGGUCGUCCCGUCGCUCUGAAUGGGAGAGAGAGGAGGGAGAAUGGGAGUCCUUUGCACCCCCAAAGAUCUUCCACCUGUCCCAGAGGAUGAACCCACGCCUGGCUCCAGACAGCCCCCUCUACCUGACUGGAGGACUCACUGGCUAUGAGAACCGGGGCUACCAGAGGAGUCAAGAGAGUCUUUUGAAGACAUCUCUCUCUGGCCUGUACCGCUCAGACUCACAGCUGUACCCUCACGUCGUCUUGCAGAGGGUCCCGACGCCCACUGCCCCCUCAGCCCCUCCCUCAGCCCCCUCUGCCCCUAUCGUGCCUCAGUACAUGCACCUGCCCCACUCCUCCGCAGCUUCGACUCCGUCUCACACCACGGGACAUAGCCGUGGUCAGACACAAAUGAUGCCCCAGUACCCCACCCCAACAUACCCGCCUCAUCCCAACACAGGCGUACUCGCUCCCGUGUACCCUAAUCCCAACCCCGCCCCGCAGCGGCCCUGGCAGUAA